AUGGUCUCUGGUGGGUAUCCUGAGGAGGACGACGCGUGCGACUCCUCACCGGGGGACGCUUCUCAAAUCAAGGCAAACACUGAUAGUGGAGAAGCUGAUACGUGCGCGGGUCAGGAACCGACUCCUGUCAAGUGCGCGGGGCCAAGAGAUAUUUAUGAAGUGGAUGAGCUAGUUUUGAGGGAAGCUAUCGCCGAGGCGGGGUCGGCGGGCAAACACAACGCGCACGGCGUGGCUUCCUUCCACUUUUCGGGGCUCCUCGACCAGAGCCGCCAGCUGGUGAUGGCGUACAGCAACAGCAAGCGAAAACUAGAAGACGACGCCAGCACAGCUACGUCGGCAGUUCCAUCGGCGAUCACGGAUGUGGCUCCGCGGCUAAAGAUGCGAACUGAGAUCUGCCAGAGGAAACGGCGGGAGAUCCCCAAGGGAGGGGUCGAGGACUGGCACUUGUCGGACGAGGAACGCUUCGUGCGCUGGCCCGGCGCGUACCUUGAGGCGGGAUCCUCGGUUGGAGUCAGACUGUCGCUAGCGAGGCCUCUCCGCACUCUGGAGGAGGGCUCAGCGGAGCGCACCGGGCCGGCAACAGAGGAGCCCAGGCCGUUUUCGCGGGCGGUUUUUGUUAUGGAGUACGAGGAGGGGGGGGCUCUCACAAGAGAUGUUACGGCGGCGAUGGACCACAUCAACGGCCGCGCCUUGAACAACAUUCAGGGCUCGUUACGGGCGUACGUUCUCUCUCCAGAGGAGAAGCAAGCGGCAAAUGACGGCGCUCUGGACAUCGUGUGCGGUUUCAUGAUCAUCGACGAAGACAGUCGCACGAUGGUGCUAGAGGGGUUAUCUGGGCCCCAAGGAGGACUCACUGCACUCUUGAAAAAGGUGGGGCGCACCAGGCCAAACGGGCAGGCGUAUCGAGCGCUGGAGAACCCUGAAGUGAGGUUCUCAAGGCGGAUGUACACCUGUUUCGAUGCUGACUUGAAGAAGGUGCGAUUGCGAGACCCGCUACCAACCCUCUGCCAGAACCCAGAAAUUUAUGACCGUUCCAAGGUCAGCGCCGACUGCUUCGACGCUCUCCACUGCCUACGGAUGCUUCGAAAGGUGGAUAGGUUACGGGAGGCCGCGGAACAGGGCCUUUUUCCCGAGGGUGCUCAACUUAUUCAGGUAGAGAGCAAGUACGGGGAGUCCGUGUCCGUCAAGGACAUCACUGGGCGGAACCCCGUCAAGAAGAGACGAGGAAACCCUGCCGCUGGAGACGGACCAGCUGUAGAAUCCACUCCCACCGUCUCCACAAACGCAGAAAACGCCGCCACCGUGCCCGGCGUAGCAGGAGGGGAAGGCGAGGGUAACCUAAGUAUGGGCAAGCAAGCGCCGGCCAGGCGGAAGGCCCCGACAGAUUCUACAAACCUAGCCUUCGAGGAAUGGCUGAGGGGUAGGCGACCGAGGGACUUCUUGGCGGAACAGGACGAGAUCUUGGCGAAGAAUCAUGACAGUUUCGUAGAGAGACAGAGGCGAAAAGACGAGGAGCGCAGGGGGGAGACAGUGCGCACGGAGUGGUGCUACGGCCCUCAGAAACUGAACUAUGUCGAGCUGAAGAAGGCGGAGAUGAGAGAAAGGCUGGCAAAAGAGAAGGGCGCCACUUACACGUACAGCAUGGACUACGUGAGCCAGACCGUCAGUCUAGUGGACGAGUUCCGCGUUAAAGAAGACGAGGAGGCCGCUAGCAGAGCAGCGUGGAAAACGAAUCGAGGGUUUGUGUGGCCGUGCCCUCGAACGCGCCAAGAGCUCAUUACCCACCCUUCCAAGCCCAGCGAAAGUCGUAUAGACACGCUGAGGGAGCCGUGGAUCGAGAACGAACUCAACGGUGGCAUGAAAGAGCAAAUGGCAGGGGCAAGAGACGCAGGCGGGCCGCCGGAGCUGGCGUGGAGGCGGGAGUUCGAUACCGUCCCGUCGAACGGAAAGGCCGUGUUCGGAGGGCUGAAGCCUUCCAAGUACGAGCGACCGCUCGACACCAAUUUGAUCGGUAGCCGUUCCCGGUUACCGAGAGGGCGUCACCAGCUGGACAAGGACCCCGAGUUCUUUCGAAGCGUUCACCUCGUGGGAGAGGGUCUGGCACGCGAGAAGGAGGAAGAAAAGCGGCGGACGGAGGAGCUGUGGCGAAGCAAGGUCGUCGUGGACGACACGGACUUUCGAGUGGGGAACCUCAACGUGCGUGACACGCCGCUCCAGACAGACCGUGCCAAGGACAUCCUGCACCCGCCAAUAAACAAGACCGCCUUCAAGAUCGUCCGGAACGCGCGCCUGCCGAGCGGAAAGUCGGCGCCCCUCCGCCCGGCUCCGGUAUCCGCCUUCAGCCUGGAACCGUUCGCAGAACCCGAGGACUUCACGGUGUCCAUUCGAGGGAACCACCAGGAGAGGUGGGCCGCCGCAGAUCCGGUCACCGGAGACAAGAAGGACUUUUUCUUGAGACUGCACGGGGACCGGAUGAAGGUCAAGUCGCACAAGGCAUGCGCACGAUUGAAGCACCCUCCACUGUCUCCGUCAGAGAUGAAGGGCCCUAGAUGGGAAACUUAUAGGAGAAAAGAGGGUGAAGACGUGGGGAAGGAUUUCGGAGGCGGAGGGUAGAGGGGGGGAUGGGGUGAAACAACAAAGUGAAAGUGCGGAGGAGGUAGGCAUUGGCGUUUUGGACGCAGACUCAUGCAGGCAUGUAUGAUGCUGUCUACAGGGGGAGGUCGAAGGGCUCUCCGAGAGGAGUCUGCACAAACAUUAACGUCUGAUACCCGAGGUAUCUCGAAAAAGCGCACACAAGUACAACUACGUGGUCCGUUUCUGGGUGUUAGGGUUGAGAUUGCUCCGGGAUCCUAACUGGAACAAAUGUAGGGUACACAUACAUUCGAGUACGUGGACAGGAACACACGGCGUUACUUCUUGGAUAAUUCACUUUGGUUCGAGUGAGGGGCGAUGGAAAACCCACUCUAACACCAAAGUGUCAGUCGGAAAAAAAGUCACGCCAAAAUUCCUUGGCGGGUAUACUCAAUCUUGGCACAACAAAAAAAAACGAAUCCACCACAAGGAAGGGGCCUCAGAAAAUUUCACGAGGAAAGCAGAACUAUGUAGCCCGCGAAUAGACGUCCUUCGCCAUCUUUACAUAACUACUUUGAACAACCUAAAUCCAGUACCUCUCUUCCGCACUCUUCCAACGCAAACAAACGGGUUCCGUGGCUACAUCCUUUUACAGUUCCAUUUCCUUCGAACUUGUCAUCCGUCAUGAGGGUAUUCGUGUCCCCGGAGACGCCAUGCGAAACAGUUUCUUCGGGGACGGGUUUUAGAAUGGCAGCUGAUGCCAUUGCGUUUGCUUUUACAUGGAUGCCGGGCAAAGCAGAAACAAUCGUCCUCAGCGUCAUAUGGCGACCAAUGGUGUCACACCCGUCUCCGCCCUAUAGUCCGCUCCAAGCCUCGAGCGUUGAUAACAACGGGCCUCAGGCAUAUCGAUGAUGUGCGCCCGACACAGAAACGUGAACAAGUUUGUUAAAACGCGUUCGUUCGCCCGCAAUCGGCGAAUAACGCAUGCUACUGUCAGUACCACUCUUGGCCUCGGUGCACCAGUCGAGCUCAAACUAUUAGGAUACACCUGCACACCCAAAGUCACGGGUGGGAGGCUGUACGAGCAGAACUUCGCUUUUGGGGUGCCUAGCGCCUGCCGUUGUGGACAGCGCAAGAUGUGCGUUCGGGAACAUUUAGCGAGAACUAGCAAAAAUUGACUGCGUUCGGCGGGAGCAGAGCCAGUCAACCGCGGCGACGUAUGCAUAAGUCCCUCGUGAUUCAUCAUUAAUAUGGAGUACCCACAUCAUGCACAUCAUGCACGUACCAAGUUCAGGUGCCGGCACACGCGAGUUUGAGAGCGACAACAUGAGUCUACCCGCAGUACACAUUCAGCCGAGAUUCGCCCAGGAAUCUGCGAGGAGUCUCCGAGACAGAACGGCAGACGUCAAUAAUUGCUGGUCGGGAAACACAAAACGACAACAAGAAACCUACCCCCCCCCCCCCUCCUCCCCCUUCCCAAGCCUGAAACAAGAAAAGACAGCACAUCACGGACAAGUCCCGCCGUCUGAACACGGCGGCGAAAUGGGAGUAACAAGAAACACACAAGAAUGUUUGUCCAUCUACGUAUGCACGAGUAACAAAGAGGGCGCAUUGUGGCAGCGUUUGGGCCAUGCAUGCUACAGCCCAAAAGAGCGUUGUUCCUGAUUCGCGAGCUGCCGUUUUACAUACACACAAUAUCACACAUGCAGCUCUAUACAGGCUACAGAAACCGCAGCAGGUCAGCAGGUUUUACGCACACCGCACUUAAAAACAUUCACGCCCCACGCAAGAAACCCAAAAAAAUCGAUCGCAAAAAUAGACGGGACUCGCCGUCUCGUGAUGCCGCCAACUGCGAGACGUUGGCAACCUCACAAAAGUUUCACCUCCCGCUGAUAAUCACACAUUACAUGCAGAGCAGGCUGUUAGGGGGACGCCGUCUGGCCUAUCGCGUUAAUCGAGCCAUCCCUUGUUACUUGUCGGCUCCCCCACAACGUGAAAUCUUCGCCCUUCUACGAUGAUGCACAGCUGCUGCGACCCGGUCCUAGUUUGUGGCACUGUUUGCGGGGAAAAUAUUAACAAUUUGCGCACCCCCCUCCCCCACGCUCUUUCCCAACAAGCACAUACGGUACCCUUUUGGUAUACCUCACGCAAAACCCACAUCAAAACUCCGACAGUCGAUUCCGGAACAAGAAAAGCACGAAAAUAGAGCCCACAUGUGUUUUUUUUUUUCAUUUUUGCCGUUCAAAUCAGCAUGCAUGCUCAAACGUACACCCCCCCUCCGAACCACUAAGGGGCAUCGCCUACCCGCUACGCAAUUUUUCGUUAUGUGUCUAUGUCUCACAGAAUUUGUUGGUGUGCCUGUGCUUUUACGCACGACCACCGAACAACAAAGACAUGCUGAUUUUUCUUUCACAACAUCAAACCUUCAAACGACACCUAAAUUCACAAAAAAAAAGGCUAUUUAGAGGUACACCAAUAUAUAUUGGGAUGAUUGCGGCACGUGUUCAAGCGCACCAAGAAACGGUCAAAGUGAAAGAGACCGAAGGGACAAUAAAAACAAGCAAGCCGCGUUCACCGCAUCUAUCACGCAUAUGAAACUAAAACCCACGUCUAGCGGCCCACGCCCAUGGACAACAACAGCUCUCCAACAGACAGCAGCUUUCAAGACCAUCGAAAACACGCAAAAUCGCCCUUCGGAGACAUCAUCCAUGUAAAAACUCGAAAUGCAUGUCACGCGGGCAAACCUAUCGCACGCAUCCCGUUGAAAGCGGAGGGCAAGAGGCACGGGGGGGAGCAUAGCGGGGGAAACUUGUUUCUACGGCGGUCUUCCCUACCUUACGCCACAUCAACCGCUGUCAACCAUCGUACGCGGGGAGCUGCGCUAAAUAAAGAGUAAACUACAUCACACA